UUACGUCAUCAAAGCGCGCAGGAAGAAAACAGCAGAGCAGCUAAUGCUAACAGGCGUACGUCAAAUUCACAAACUCGUGUUGUCAGUUAGUCAUGUAGGCAGCGAACCAGGGGUUGAUAGAAGGUACAGACAGACCACAGACUACAGUUAAAGGACCGGAUAUCACAACAAUUUUACAAGGAAAGAUGCAAGCAGGUGACCCUGUGAUUGGUACAUCUCUGGCAGUAGCUGGUGCCCAGAGUCGGUCUGAGGACGAAGACUCGCUCGGAGUAAAAGAUGUGAAAAGGACAGCAACACAAGCAUUUGGCAGUGGUGUUCCCAAACGUAGAAGUUCCUCCAGGUCAAUUAAGAGGAAGAAGUUUGAUGAUGAGCUUGUGGAAAGCAGUCUUGUGAAGUCGUCCAGUAGAGUCAAAGGCCCUCCUGUCAUAGAGCCUGUCCGCUGUUCAGGGAGUGAACUUUCAUCUAGUGAGAAAAAAAAGGUGACAAAGUCAGGAACCACUCUCACGCCACCUCUCGCCAUGGUGAUAAACCCUGCACCUAUCACCAAAAGAGUGAAGAAAAGUAGACAACCUCUUCAUAUUACUAAAGACCUGGGACGGUGGAAACCCACCGAUGAUCUUCUCCUAAUAAAUGCGGUGUUGCAGACCACAGAUCUCACCUCUGUUCAUCUGGGGGUCAAGUUUAGCUGUCGUUUCACUUUGAGGGAAAUCAAAGAGAGGUGGUAUGCUUUGCUCUACGAUCCUGUCAUCUCAAAGCUGGCAUGGCAGGCCAUGCGGCAGCUUCAUCCAGAGGCCAUUGCGGCAAUUCAAAGUAAAGCCCUCUUCAGUCAGGCUGAGGAGGCACUGCUUGCCAAGAUUGGUUCAACGAGUCAGCCCAAACUGGACGGCUUCCAGGAGCUUCUGAGCAAACACCCUGGUGUCUUUCACCCAUCCCGCACUCCUAAGAGCCUCCUGGUGCACUGGCAGCUGCUUAAACAGUACUACCUGCUGGAUGACCAGAGUGUCCAGCCUCUCCCUAAAGGCGACCAAGUCCUCAACUUCUCUGAUGCUGAGCAGAUGGUUGAUGAUGUAAAGUUAAAGGAGAGCAGAGAUGAGGUUUUGGAACAUGAGCUGAUGAUUUCUGAUCGCCACCAGAAAAGGGAGAUCAGACAGUUAGAGCAGGAGUUACCUCGCUGGCAGGUUCUGGUGGACAGUAUCACAGGGAUGAGCAUGCCCGACUUUGACAACCAGACGCUGGCAGCACUACGAGGACGAAUGGUGCGCUACCUCAUGAGAUCACGAGAGAUCACGUUGGGCAGGGCGACCAAGGACAAACAGAUAGACGUAGAUCUGUCGCUAGAAGGACCAGCCUGGAAAAUAUCAAGAAAACAAGGAAUUAUUAAACUGAAGAAUAAUGGAGACUUCUUCAUCGCCAAUGAGGGCAGACGACCAAUCUACAUAGAUGGCAGACCAGUCCUGUCGGGAAACAAGUGGAAACUCAAUAACAACUCAGUGGUGGAGAUUGCAGGUCUCCGCUUUGUGUUUCUCAUUAACCUGGAACUUAUCUCACUUAUAAAAGCUGAAGCAGCCAAGAUGACACAGCAGUGAAUGACAGCCGUCCAGCACAAGAAUCCAUACACGGACAUACAUGCAGACGAAUGGACCACUCGGUUGUUCUAUGCAGAAGAGUGUUCUGACGAAGCACAGCACCAUUACCCUGAAUCAGACUGACAACCGCCACAUUAACCUGAAAUGUGGGAUUGUAAACAAGCUUCCGCUGAAUCCUGGAAUUAAAUAGUAACAGUUUUACUUGGUGUUCGAACAUGUUCAUGUUGUAAUGUAGAUACUCUUAUGGUAAUGCUUUGUUUUUUCCAGUUUUUCAAAAUAUUGUAUUUAAAUGCUGCAGUAAAGCUUUUGCAAAAUAUGAAACUUGGAUACACUAUGUUCAUGUACACUAAGUGCUCUUUACACUUCAGUCCUCUGUUGUUUCACAUAUUAACAAAACAACUACUGUGUGAAAAACCAACAUCCUGCAAUCAUCUGUGGUCACUAGAGAUUCAGUUGAAGCGUGCAGGUCUGUCUUCUUACACUGAGACCAGACAAUCCGCAGUCGCUGUUUUAUUGACUUGUUAACUUUGCAUCUGCAACCUAGGACUGGGUUGUCGGUGCAAAGUAUUUCUGAUUUUAACUGAAGUUAUAUAAUAAACAAUGAUAGUAUGAUGUGCUAGAGAGCCGUGUAGAGGCAGACAGUGGGGGUACUCCAGGUUGUAAAUAUGCACAUAUAUGACAUAAUUCCUCCACAGAGAGGAACGUACACCACACACUGUCCUGUGUGAAACAAACUCUCUCUCUUGACUUGUUGAAUUUGGUUCUGAUUUUUGAUGUAAUUCUUAUGGUGCUGAAAUACUGAUCACUCAUCUCAAUAUAGUUAGUUACACAGAUAAACAGAAAUCUAAUCAGCAUAGCAUCAUUCAGAAAUAUGACAUUAAACUUAGAUUUACACUUAAAUGGAGUUCCACAACAUGUACUGCUCUGUAACAUAAACAGUACAACUAACUGCACAGAGUAGACACAUUGGUCAUAUCAUUGCCCCUUAAUAAAUAUGUAUUUAAGGUG